AUGGACAAUCGACCACCACCAUUCGGAGGCGUUAUGAACUUCAGCAAUCACUUGCCAUAUUCGAAUCCUGCACCACCUCAGUUCACCGAUCCAUGGCACACGACUUCGGCUCCAUCUGCAAACUCUAGCAUUUAUGCUCCGACUAGCAUCAAUCCAACUUUGGGACUUGAGGGUAUUGCGAGGCAGCAAGGUGCACGCUUAAAUAAUAAUGUGUCCACGGGACAAUAUCGUAUGACGCCAGUCACUGCGGCAUCAGCAGGUAACCUCUUUACGGAUUUCUCUGGAGCACAACAGGAUUUGCUCACCAGUCAACAAGAUAUGAUGAGCCCCAGCCGUUCUUUACCAGCUGGUUAUGGGAGCGACGCCGGGUAUACUAGCGCGCCGUCGCCUGUUCAUGCUACUUAUGCGUCAGCGCCGUCGCCGUAUGAUGGAACGGGUUAUGCACCAGCACCGGUCUCGACGGUCCGACCUAUGUAUGAGAUUCAACAUCAGGAUCAUUCGAGACGUCUUUCACAGCCGUCAGUAUCCUCCAAUUCCUUUUUCGAUCUCCCUGCCGAUGCGCCGCGGUCCCACCGUCAAAACUCACUUAUUGACUUUUAUGACAGAGGAUUACAAAAUAAUAAUAAUACCGGAUUUCAACGAGAUGCAACACUCGAUGGCGCAAGAGAUAUGGUUGCUAUGAGCCAAAAUACCACACCAAGAAAUAUCUAUGGAGUUUCCCCACGGCUCGGAAGAGGAUCCGGAGAUGCAUACGGAUUCCCAGCAACACAUCCGCCGAAUUCGACAAUCUCUUCGUCAAGCGGCUAUCAAUAUUACGGAUCUGUUGAUGGUUCAGUAUCCGAAUACUCGAAUGGUUCUGAUAUUGAAUCGGUGUCAGCGAGGACAUUACCUCCGCCUGGUAGUAUCCUUGGUGGUGGAGUGCCACCCGCGCCUCAAUCGAUGAUGGGCCAAUUCAGCUCGAAAGUAUCCUCCAGCACACUCAAAAAGCACAAGUGCAAGAUUUGCGAGAAACGAUUCACGCGACCAAGUUCUUUACAAACACAUAUGUAUAGUCAUACUGGGGAGAAGCCGUUUCCUUGCGACAUUGAAGGUUGUGGUAGACACUUCUCAGUCGUAUCUAACUUACGAAGACACAAAAAAGUACAUAAGGGAGACGGAAGAUCGGAAACUGGAUCCGAAGAUCAUCAUCAAUCAGAUGAAUAG